AACCACGUAAUCCGACAGGUCGGAGAGAGAAACAAAACGGAAAGGGGUGAAGAUAGAUAGACUUCUGUACCCACAUUUACAACAAUAUCAGACCCAAUUUUUCAUUUUUCUCUUUUGCAAGAAAAAGCUUUCAGAUUUGUUGCCUUUAUUGCAAUUUCUAAUUAUCUUUUAUGGGUUUCUCUUUUUUCUUCUUGUCUUAAAUUUGUUUUUAAUUGGUAGAAACUGGGAAAGAAAGAGGAAGAUGGGUCCAACAAACACGACUGCUGAUCCUCAUCCUCCACCUCCUCCUCAUCAUCAUCGUCAUCAACAUUUUCGUCCUCCUCAGCUGAUGAACGGCGAUCAUCACCGUGAUGGCGCCGAUGAGGAUGAGCCAUCAUCUUCUGGGAUUUCGUGCUCGAUUUGUCUCGAUACGGUUUUGGAUAACGGGGGCAGAUCCAGAGCUAAGCUCCAAUGUGGUCAUGAAUUCCAUCUGGAUUGUAUUGGUUCAGCAUUUAAUAUGAAAGGAGCAAUGCAAUGCCCAAAUUGCAGAAAAGUUGAGAAAGGCCAAUGGCUCUAUGCAAAUGGCUCCAAUCGUAUGUUACCUGAGAUGAGCAUGGAUGACUGGAUUCCUGAGGAGGACUUCUAUGACCUAAGUUAUUCUGAAAUGCCAUAUAGAGUUCACUGGUGUCCCUUUGGUGAAUUGGCACGAGUUGGUUCAUCUUUUGGGGAAGUGGAAUCUCCAUCAACCACCUAUCAUGACUUAAGGGGACACCAUUCAGUAUAUGCUGAACAUACUGCUGCAUCAUCAGUGGCUCAUUCAUAUGUUGCAUAUGUUGGACCAAUUCCUCCGAACCCAUCAAGAUCUAAUGAUGGUAUUGAUGAUCCUAACUUCAAUCAUCACUGGAAUGGUCUAUCUGGACGCCAUGAAAUCUUUAGUACCCAUGCUUUUCCUGCCAUUAACAUCCAAUACCAUAAUUGGGGCCGCCGUUCGCCUCCUUUCUCUGUAUCCAGUAGCCAUAUAAAUGGUGUCGAUCCAGCUUCUGUUCCUAUGACAUUCAGAUCCUCUGUUGGUGAAUCAGAUACAAGGACAAGAUCCACGUCCUUUCCGCAUCCAAUUGUGUUUGGUCAUGGGUCUGGUCCUACAGCUGGCAGCUCAUUUGUCUCUUCAAUCUUUCCUCGCCAUCCUGGCAGCGGUGCUCGGACCAAUGAAAGGAUCCAGAUUUCUCAUGCUUUCCAUCGUCAACAAUCAAGCAGUCCACCCGGCGUUCCUUCACCUAUAAUUCAUGGCAUCAGGAGAUUUGAUGGUCCAAGGGGCUUGCCAACAGUGGUUCCAGCACCCCCACAACAUGAUCAUAGUGGUGGCUUCUUAAUCAUUCCUCCAAGUUCAUCUAGCCAGAAUUCACAAGAAGCAGAAAAUCCUUUGCCAAAUCAUUUUCAUGCACGGGAAAGAGAGCGUUUGCCUCAUUUCCAGCAUGCGUCUUUUCAUCAGAAUACUGGUGGUGGACCCAAUCCUGGCAACAGAUCUAGCAGCUUUUGGCAUAGGCACUCAUCUUAAGAGGAUCUGAUAUUGAGUGCAAUUGCAAAAGCUUGUCAAUGAAACUUAUCCCAUUUUGGAAACAUUUAUGUGGUUUAUUGCGAUUGAAAUGACUAAAAACUGAAAGUUAUGUAUCGCAAUAUGCUGGUCCAAAAUUUUGUAAAUUUGAUCGCACUUUACUAUCUUGUGGCUUUUGGAACUGUAUAAAGUUACUUUCUCAA